AAUCAGAAGCAUGAGGAAUUGUGUAUGGGCUACGAAUUGGCUCUUAAUAGCGUGUCUGCUAUUAACGAUUUGGACGAGGGUGUCCCUGUCCUCUGGCUAUUUUGAGCUGCAGCUGAUUUCUGUGCAGAACGUUAACGGUGAGUUGUGGGAUGGGGAAUGCUGCGAUGGCAACAGGAAUUCCGAAGAUCAGCGGUGUACCCGGGACGAGUGCGACACUUACUUCCAAGUCUGUCUUAAGGAGUACCAAAAUGAAAUUACGACCUCUGGUCCUUGCACGUUCGGCUCUGGAACUACUGAUAUCCUUGGUGGAAAUAUAAUUUCUUUUAAGAAUACAAAAAACAAUUCGAACAAAAUCACCGAUGGAAAGAUCAUUAUUCCGUUUCAUUUCGCUUGGCCGCGGUCGUACACACUCAUCGUGGAGGCCUGGGACUGGGACAACGGCACACAAAACAAUGAGGAGUUGCUGAUUGAACGUCACGCUCACACAGGAAUGGUUAACCCGGGCGAUCACUGGCGGUCCAUCGACCAUCUCGGCCCCACAGCGCGUUUCGUUUACCGCAUCCGUGUCAGAUGCGACGAGAACUAUUAUGGCAGCAAAUGCAACAAGCAGUGCCGGCCUCGGGACGAUUAUUUCGGCCACUACCGCUGCGAUCCUUUUGGAAACAUCGUCUGUCUAGAGGGUUGGAUGGGUCAGGACUGCAGAACAGCAAUCUGCAAGCAGGGCUGUAACCUGCUCCAUGGAGGCUGCACCGAGCCCGGAGAGUGCAAAUGUAACUACGGCUGGCAGGGCCCGUUCUGUGACGAGUGUCUGACCUUUCCUGGAUGUCUGCACGGAACCUGUGUCAUGCCAUGGCAGUGCACAUGUGAGAAGAAUUGGGGUGGGCUUCUGUGUGAUAAAGAUCUGAAUUAUUGUGGCACACACCACCCCUGUGUGAAUGGAGGGACUUGUAUGAAUUCUGAGCCGAACGAGUACAACUGCGCCUGCCCAGAAGGCUAUUCGGGCAAGAACUGUGAGAUUGCCGAGCAUGCCUGCGUGUCCAAUCCCUGUGCGAAUGGUGGCACUUGUCACGAAGUUGCUUCUGGAUUUCAGUGUCAUUGCCCGCCAGGCUGGGAAGGCCCAACUUGUGCCAAAGACAUGGAUGAAUGUGCCUCCAGUCCGUGUGCUCACGGUGGAACGUGCAUUGACCUGGAGAACCGUUUUGAGUGCAUCUGUCCUCCUCAGUGGGCUGGGAAGACAUGUCAGAUAGAUAUAAAUGAGUGUAGUGUUGGGAAGCCUUGUGUGAAUGCUCGCUCUUGCAAAAACUUGAUUGGUGGAUAUCACUGUGACUGCUUUGAAGGAUGGUCUGGACAGAAUUGUGACAUCAAUGUGAAUGGCUGCAAUGGACAGUGUCAGAAUGGAGCAACAUGUAAGGAGGGCCCGCGAGGGGGCUACCAGUGCCUGUGUCUGCCAGGUUUCGUUGGCACACACUGUGAGAUCCAGAGGAACAAGUGUGCCAGUGGGCCAUGUCAGAAUGGCGGGAGAUGCCACGUGGUGCUGGACGGCUUUGUGUGUGAAUGCCCACCAGAUUUCGCUGGAACGCUCUGCGAGGUGCCAAGUCGCUCAAAUGCAAACCCGUGUGAGCCCAAUCCAUGUCAAAACAAGGCAUCCUGCCACAGUCUGUUAGGGGAUUUUUACUGUGCCUGUCCAGAGGGUUUUGAAGGCAAGACCUGCUCAGACCUGAAGGACCAUUGUAGGACCACACCCUGCCAAGUGAUUGACAGCUGUACAAUCACCGUGGCAACUAACGAAUCAGAUGGAGGGGUACGGUACAUCUCGUCUAACGUGUGUGGCCCACAUGGUCGCUGCAUCAGUCAGCCGGGGGGGAACUUCACCUGCACCUGUGAACCAGGCUUCACCGGCGCUUACUGUCACGAGAAUGUGAAUGACUGUGUGGGCAAUCCAUGUCGGAAUGGGGGCACCUGUAUUGACGGGGUCAACGCGUUCCAGUGUUUCUGCCCUGAUGGCUGGGAGGGAAAACUCUGCGACCAUAAUGUAAAUGAGUGUCGGAGGAACCCCUGUAAGAACGGCGGGCGAUGUGUAGACCUCAUCAAUGACUUCCACUGUGAAUGUGCAAAUGGCUGGAAGGGGAAAACAUGUCAUUCGCGUGAGAACCAGUGUGAUGCCAACACCUGCAGUAAUGGAGGCACGUGCUACGACCACGGAGAUGCUUUUCGCUGUUCUUGUCCGCCCGGAUGGGGAGGAAGCACCUGUAACAUCGCUAAGAACAGUACGUGUGCAUCCAGCCCGUGUGCUAACGGAGGGACAUGUGUGGGAGGAGGAGACACGUUUACCUGCAUAUGUAAAGAUGGCUGGGAGGGACCAACAUGUGCCCAGAACAUGAAUGACUGUAACCCCCAUCCCUGCUAUAAUGGUGGAAUCUGCGUGGAUGGAGUAAACUGGUUUCGAUGCGAGUGUGCACCAGGCUUUGCUGGACCAGACUGCCGAAUCAACAUUGAUGAAUGCCAGUCCUCUCCCUGUGCGUAUGGCUCUACAUGCAUAGAUGAGAUCAACGGCUUCCGCUGCAUUUGUCCUCUGGGUCUAACGGGACCCCGCUGCCAAGACUUCAUUGGCAUAGGGAAAACAUGUCACUACGCUGGGCUCCAGUUUCCCCAUGGUAGCCACUGGGAGGAGGAAUGCAAUUCCUGUCAGUGUGUGAAUGGCAAAGUUAAGUGCACCAAGGUUCUUUGUGGUCGCCGUCCGUGCCUGUUGCCAGGGACACUGGGGCGGGAACGCCAUGCGUGCCCAGGAGGCCAUGAGUGCAUUGAGCACAAUUUUAUGACCUGUUUGUCUCCGCCCUGCAACCAGUGGGGCAUGUGCUCAAACGCAGAUUCCACGACACUCGUCCACACCAAAUGUGAACCCAACGCGGGUUAUCUGGACAACAGCUGUGCUCGCAUCACGCUGAUUUUCAACAGGGACAAAGUGCCUAAGGGCACUACAGUUGAAAGCGUUUGCUCAGAGCUGCGGUACCUGCCAGCUACACGUACUCUGGCCAGAGACCACGCCCUAUUGGUCCUUUGCGAUCUUUCUUACUCCAAUCAGGAUGCUGUCGAGGUGGCCAUUUCGUUCCCUCAGGCAGAGCAGCCAGACCACACUCUAAUCCAGGAGGCAGCCAACACGAUCGCUAACACGCUGUCCAAGCGUCACAACAGCACAGUCAUGCUGGCCAUCAUUGAGGUCAAAGUGGAGACACAGAACACGCCCAGAACACAGCCAGUUGACUACCUGGUGCCUGUCUUGUGUGUGGUCUUCUGCACGCUGUGGAUCUUCUGCAUCAUCGUAUGCGUGUGGUGGACACGUAAGCGGCGCAAAGAGAGGGAGAGGAGAGAACGAGUGCCAGUGGAAGAGAGCGUGAAUAACCAGUGGGAACCGCUACGGCCGGUACCGCGGCAACAGCACAAAGAUAACCGCGACGCUCAGUACGAGCGCGCCAAGCUAAUGCCAUCCCCUGACCACACCUGCGCCGGAGUGGAGGAUGAAGAGGAGGCGGAUGAGGAAGAGUUGGAGCUGGUGGAGGAUUGGUGCAACACAGUGGAUGGCAAACUGGCCGUCAGAAAGUACUCUAAGGCGGGUAAGGGCGAGUUGAUUUGUACAUCACGGAGCUCGCCAAUCAAAGCCCCGCAUCGGACGACCUACAGCCCCAAAGACAACCGCUGUAAAAACAUCAACAGCACCCCUGCAGGUGAAGAGUCCAAAGAUCAUUGUGUAUGAAGGCCGUGGAUUGGCCAGAGCACUACAUAAAGGCAUAGACCACCUUUUUUUUCCUCCACCCCCAUCUCAGAACAAAGACUUUUGAGUUCGAGAGACAAAGAACUUUCAUUUUUUUUUCGUUGUUGUUAUUGUUGUCGUUUUUCUUUUUUUUUUUUUUUCCCCUCCACUUCCCCACUGAGAAAUGUUGCUGAGGCUGAAUGGUAAAAGUGGAGAAUUUUUUUUUCCCUUUCUUUAAACAUUGACAUUUUUAUUUUUUUAUGUACAGAUGAAGCUAAAUUGUAUUACUUUAUGAGGAGCUGAAGAAUGGCUCUCACUUUGUUUAUGGAAAAAAUGUACUGCUGAAAAGAGAGAAGUGCAGAAAAAAAAAGAACUCCUAAUAGAGGAAAAUAAGAGAAACUGUAUAAAUAUGGGUUUUUUUGUUGUUGUUGUUGUUUACAGAUGAUUGUGGUUUUGUUUUAAUUGUGAGUGGCCCAAAUUUGAUGUGGGCUAUGGAGGGGGGUUAUGCAGGGGGAAGAUCAAUGGCUUUUUGAGGAUUACAAUAGGAUCCUCUUAUCAAACCGUUCAAAGGACAUCUCUCCCAUUGAUAC